AUAACGCGAUGAGUCAGACGCCGAGAAACCUUGUUGGUCGUCUACAUUAGACAGUCUCAUUACACAACUUGCGUUCCACCUAAUUAGUGACUUGCGUUUCAACCUUCUCGCCUGUGGCCCUCUUAGAUCCCAAUUCUACGUGGAGCAUGAAGAUAGAACAUCUCAUCCCAGACGACCCCAGCUUGCUGGCCCAGUGGGCGGCGCUUGCAGUCCUCUCCUUGAUCGCGUACUGGGUCCUUCGAUACUGCGGAGUGUGGAUCUUGGAGACUAUCACGCAGAAUGUGCUCGCAGCCAUCAACCCCGGCGUCUUGCGACAAGGGAAGCCCAUCUCGGGUCCCAAGUGGACGAUUCCCAACGGCCAGGUCAUUGAUAAACUGCUGAACGGGCAGGCAAAAUCGGAGGAGUGGCGCAAGUACGGCCCCGUGUAUCGGGUCUGGGCCGGGUCACAUCCCGAAAUCGUCAUCACUACCCCAGAAGACCUGAAAAUCUUUCACUCAGACUCGGACAAGCAUGGCAAACCGCUGUAUCAGAACCUCGGCUGGUUCGUUGGCCAAGUCCUCGGGCGCUGCGUAGGCCUCCUCGAGGGCGACGAGUGGAGGCACAGACGACAGAUCUUUGACCCGCCCUUCCGGCACGCCGCGAGCAUCGCUCGGAUCGGCGUCACCGAGAGCGCUGCCAAGGCAUUCGUAGAGAGCCUACCUUCCCUGGCCGCCGCCGCAGACGGGGCCGCCUCCGACAGCAAGCCUGGAGCGGAAAGGGAGAAGAAGGGCGACAACAAGGAACCCUUCACCCUCCACGCCGUGUCUGCCUUUAUGAAAUUCCCCUUCUACCUCGCGGCCGGUGUUGUCUAUGGCGACAUGACCGACGAGGAAGAGCGGGAACUAUGGGAUCUGGCGCAGAAGCACAUGGCGCUGCUGCCCUACUUCGUGAUUGGAGGCCCCUAUCGGCUGUCGGCGGGGAGGUGGGUGGAUCGUACGGCUUACCGGAAGCUCAAUGAGUACCUAGUAGGUUGGCGCAAUUGCCACGAACGCAUGGUGGAAAGGAGACGUGCAACGGGGGUCAGCGUACCCUUGUUAUCGUAUUGGGACGAGUAUGAGGCUGGCAAUAUCACGUUGGACGAACUCCUACAUACCAUGGACGAGAUGCUCAUGGCCAACCUCGACGUAACCACGCACGUGCUUACCUGGUGCAUCACGUUGGUCGCCGAUCACGACGACGCCCAGCGGGAGCUGCGCGAGGAGAUUGCGGCCAACAAGCACAAUUUCCACGAAUAUCUGACCAGGAGCGAUACGCAUUUGCACCGAUGCUUCUAUGAAUCGCUGCGUUUGCGCCCACUAGCAGUCUUCAACAUCGGCGCGAGCGCACCAUCGGUCAAGAACUUCCACGGUGUUCUGGUGAAGCCAAACACCAUGGUCCUGGUGGAUGUGCUGGCGAUCAAUGUGCGCAACAAGUUUUGGGGCCCCGACAGUGCAUCUUUCGACCCGUCUCGAUUCAAAAACAUCAAGCAGUCAGACCUCCGCUACAACCUUACCGUAUUCGGUUUCGGCCACCGCAAGUGUCUGGGACAAUACCUCGGCGCACACAUGAUUAAGGCGGCCGUCGCCCACCUAUUCGACCAGUACGAGAUCCUCGUCACGGAUGGACGGAAGGCUGAUGGGAAUUAUAAGAUCCACAAGGAGUCGUGGGUCCCUAUGGCAGAUGUCAGGGUGCAGCUGACCAAGUUGGGUUGAUUAGCAUGAG